AUGUAUUUUGGACCAUUACGGAUUACUCUUAGAGAUACUUUAAUUUUAAUACUUUUAGUUAUAUUUAAUACAAUUCACGUUACGGAUUUAGCUAAUAAUGAUAUGGAUCUCCAAAACAAACAGAGCAAGACUAAAGAUGAUGGGAAAAAUAAAAUUGUGAAUUUUAAUAGCAACGAAGAUUAUUUAAAGAACUGCCCAAUAGAUCAGGAGAACAUGCCAGAGUGUUCAUCAUUAAACUAUCCCUGCAUCAAUUGUGUGAGAGAUAUAGACUGCAUUUAUGGUGGUACAUACAACUACACUUGUACUGUAAAAACCAAAGUUAUAUGUAAUGGCUCCAAAACUUUUAACAGAACUGCAAUGUGUCGCUUCUGCUAUCAGACUGAAAAGUGGGAGCAUCGCUGUGAUCAGAAGGCCAACUGUAAUUCACUGGCUUCUCCUACCAAAUAUUACUUAACCAACUGCACAGUCUCCGAUGAUGUCUUGUGCUUGGGAAAACGAAAAUUUCUUCGAAAAAUAAAAUGUUCAUGGACAUCAGGAACAAAAUGGGGGACGGCGCUCGUUCUAGCAUUAACAUUAGGUGGUUUUGGUGCUGAUAGAUUCUAUCUCGGACACUGGCAGGAAGGUUUAGGCAAGUUGUUCAGCUUCGGAGGACUUGGCGUUUGGACGUUGGUCGACGCUCUGCUCAUUGGAAUACACCAUCUCGGCCCGGCUGACGGAUCUGUCUUUAUUUGA